GGCAGGUGGAGCUAAAACUGCCUGCGCAUCACCAAUAAAUUUGGGCAGGUUCCAAAUGUAACAAGAGCUUGAAGAAGGUGCAAUUAGUCAUGAAACAAAGGGCCAAAUAAAAAACAUGAGCAUCUACAACAGAAAACUGGGUUCCAGAAAACAGCCUUGAGGAAGAAAAACAAGGAAGACAACAGAUGCGCGCGUCUGUGCUGUGGGGACGCCUGGGUCCAGGUAUAAAGGCUGCCCAGGGAAGCUGUCCCCAGACAUCACUGCCCUCCGCCUCGACCUUAUCUAGCCACACACCACCAUGUGCCAUACCAGCUGCUCCUCAGGCUGCCAGCCAGCCUGCUGCGUGUCCAGUCCCUGCCAGGCAUCCUGCUGCGUGCCUGUGGGCUGCCAGUCUUCCGUGUGUGUGCCCGUGAGCUUCAAGCCAGCCGUGUGUGUGCCUGUGAGCUGCCAGUCCUCCGUGUGCGUGCCUGUGAGCUGCAGGCCCGUCGUGUAUGCGGCUCCCUCCUGCCAGUCCUCCGGGUGCUGCCAGCCCUCCUACACCAGCGUCCUCUGCAGACCCAUCUCCUGCGGCAUCCCUUCCUGCUGCUGACCACGAAUCUCCAGACCCGCUGCUCCCAGUGCAGAUGAGGCCACACCUGCACACUCCCCGGAUGAAUCCUCAGUUGGUCUUCUGCACAUGGGGCAGGUGAAAAGCAUGCUCGGUGAACCCUGUGAAUUCUGGAUCGAGAAUAUGACAGAAUGAUCUGGAGCCCUUGCUGACCUUGCCCAUCCCUCCAGGGAAGUCCGGGGUCCCAGAGUCAUUCUCUGACCCCAUGAGAGCCAAAUAAACCAGCUUUCCCUAUGCA